AUGGCCGCCACAUCACCCGAGUCGUCGCUCCCCGCCCUCGUUUUCGUGCCUGGAGAGUGGCAUGGACCGGAGAUAUUCGAUGAUGUCCGGGCAAACCUCAAUGAGCGGGGUUAUCUCACGGAAGCAGCAACAUUGGCCACCCACGGCGCCACGGAUCCCAAUAUAGGCCUGGCAGAAGACGUGGCCAAUGUACGCUCAAAGAUUGAGAAGCUGGUCAAAGAGGGCAAUGACGUGGUAGUCGUAGCCCACUCGUACGGCGGCGUGCCCUCUUCGUGCGCUGUUGAGGGCCUCGGGGUGACUGAUCUUGGGGCUCAGGGCAAAAAGGGAGGCGUAAUCAUGGUCGUAUACGUGACUUCGUUCGCCAUUGAGUCAGGGGCAAGUCUCUUAGAGAGUGUGGGGGGAACUUACCCAUCUUGGUGGAAUGUGCAGGGAGAGUUUGUGACCCCAAGUGACCCAGUCACUGUUUUCUAUGGCGAUGUCGAGCCUCCAAUGGCAGAGAAGCAUAUCCAAGCUAUUAGCUCAAUGCCACUCAAGGCCUUUAUGGAUAUUUCUACUUUUACUCCAUGGGAAAACGGCAUCGAGGUUGGUUACAUCUAUGCAGAGGAGAACCAGGCAGUCAGCCUUGACAUUCAAAUCGAAUUGUCUUCACAACUCCCCGCUAGCUCGUUCACGGAGAGCCUGGGCUCAGGCCACAUGCCGUUCUUGAGCAUGCCAGAGACACUAUCGAACACCAUCGACCAGGCUGCCAAGCGUGCAGUUGCUCGGAAACCUCGAUAG